AUGUCAAAGUUUGCGAAAGAACUGGAGGGCGACGAUUCGGAAGAUGAAGACGCCGUUGUUAUCGGCGCAGAAGACGUCGCCCAGACAAGUCAACCUUCUUUGAAUCCAAUUCAAAACAAAGGUUCUCUGACUGAACUGGAUAAAAUUCAAGGGUUUACAAUUGAAAUAUUAGGAAUUUCGAUUAUUGCGAGAAAAUGUCUCAAAUUUCAGGCAAUGACGGCAUUCCGUUGAGCGAGGCGGAAAAAGAGCUUUUGCGCGAAGAACUCCUGAAGGUAAGAAAUUUUUCAAAUGGCUAAAUUUACAAUGCCGUGUUCCUUUUAGAUACGUAAAAUGCGAAAAUUUUUUCAAAAAUGUAUUGUCUUUUUGAGCUCUUACCGGUAUAACGUUUUAAUACUUUUCUCAAAUUUAUCUUAAGCUUUUUCAAACUUUUUAGUAGUUUAAAAAUAAUAAAAUAUAAACUCGUCACUUGGAGUUUGAAUCUUCAAAAGCGCCUUCCAUAUUGCAUAUCCUCUGAAAAGGUCACGGAUGAAUUUUAGCAAUUCAUUAAACAUCGCAGUUUGAGAUUGUUUGUCCAAUAAAAAAAAGAUGGGUUUUUUCUUGAUUAUUAAAUUUUUUUUCAGACUGAAGACGAGAUUUCAACCCUUAAGCAAGUUCUUGUAGCCAGGCAAAAGGUUGGUAAAACAAAAAAAAAAUGAACAAUAAAAAACUUUCUUUUCAGCAUGCCGGAGAACUGAAGCGCAAACUCGGUCUUUCGCCGUUUUCUGAAUUGUCCCAGGACAUCAACCGAAGCGUUAAAGUCGUUACAGAUACCGAAGCGUAAGUUUUCCACCUCCUGAUCAAUAUGAAAUGAACGUAAUAUUCAUUUCAGUUUCCAAAAAACUGCUGAAGUUACCGCCGCGGCUGCUGACACUGUCAAGGAAAAAUGGCAAGAUAUGCGCAACUCUUCGCUUUUUAAAUCUUUCGAAUCCAAGUUGGGAACAGCUUACAAUCAGGUAUAAUUCAUGGCUUAGAUACGUUGUUUUGAACUUCAAAAUAUUUAUUUGCAGGCAAAAAUGGCGGCUUCAACCUCUAUCGAUCAUCUUGCUGGAGCUGCACGUGGUCAAUCACAAGCCGGGACGCCAGUUGCGGAAGAAGCCAAACCUAUGCCUUAA